AUGGCGUCUUCCAGUCAGUCCGAAACGGAGGACCUGGAGUGUAGGCUCAAUGCUUAUGCUAGGAGUCGUUUCAAGCUAUCGGCCAGGGUACAUAUGUCCCAUCUCAUCUUCGAAACGGGAUUCAAGAGACGUAUGGAUCAGCGUCGGAAUGUUCGCCGUCUCGAACGAAUCUUGAAAAUACAAGGAUGCCAUCGUUUGAUGAAGGAAAAUCAUGUGUCCGUCAUAGUACCCAAGGCAGACUGGCAACAUCGGGUACACCCGCGAUCGAACAACGGAAUCCUUCCUAGCUUGGAUGUAGAUUUGGAUUACGGAUUACGAGCGCUAGACCACGACAAUCUAAUUGUAGCUGCCAGAAAUACACUCGCAUUCAGCAACCAGUGGUGGGUGGUGGAUGUCUAUCUGACUGAGGAAGAGCCUGAUGACCUCAAUGAAACUGCCCAGGAGCUUCAAAGAAAGCUCCUCCAAUCAUUGCGAGAACGAUUUUCAAACGAGCAUCGGCCAUCAGAUGGACUGAUAUAUGAGCGUAUCAAUUACUACGAGGGCCGUCUUGACGGGCCUGAGAAUCAACGGGCAGAGGAAAGCUGGUGGGCAGCCCUAGAGUCGGUCGCAGGAAGCAAGAAAGGUCAGUAUUUGAAAUCAUUUUUCAGGAAUGAGUUUCUGACCCGCCAAUUGAACUCGCUACUUGCCAUUCCAGGGCUUUGGGAUGGGAUGCAGAUUGGAAACCUGCACAAAGUUACCGCUAUGCACUGUGACGAGGCGGUUUCGUGCUACUGGAGAAGUAUUUUGACUACAUUCCUAGGGAUAGUUGGUAGCCGCAGCGAAAAUUUACAAUUGGUUGACGGUAUUACGGUCAACCUCAUCGAGUCCCGAGUGCCUAAAGUCUCCAAAAAGGACAAAGAAUUUUUGCAGAAAAAGUUUGACGAAGGCGUGCUUUUCCCCAGUUUUUCGGAAAAUGAUCGACGGGAGAUCUGGAACCGAUUGAAAGAGAUCGACUCUCCAAUUCCAUCUGCUGAUGAUAAAUUGACAAUCGACAAUGGUGUUCAUGGAUUAUGGGAGAUAGGAUCAACGCUCGACCCAGCAGCCCGAAAGGCCAGGUUUCGAACUUACAUUCUGGAGCUCUGGCGCUUCAGCUUCCAGUAUGGAUUCGAAAUGACCGAUUGGAGGCGGCUCAAAUCAUCAAGAAGUUCGGCAUUCGCAACAGUGUCUAGCCAGCAACACUUGCCUCUACCCAGCCGUACAGAUAUCUGGCAGCAUUUUUACAUGAAAAUGGUGAUCAUGGGUCUCCGAACACCCAACGUUGUCGACUUUUCUACCCCGCCAGUUGUAUUAUCAUCCGAGAUACCUUGCGAUUACCCCGAAAAUGCAUCAGAAGAAGUGGAUGUCAAGAAAAGGAGUGGUAAACCCUCGGUGGAUACUGUGGAAGCCGACCGAUAUGCUCUAUCAGUAGUAUCGCUGAAGGAAAGAAGAAUAGAAACCCGUGUCACAGCGAGAUUUCUCCGUAUAUCGGUGUUCAAAAAGUUCUUCGGUUAUUUAAUGGACCAUGAUACCAUUAGUGGCCAGCUGCUGUGGCCCGAGCUUCUGGAAGACAGCACUCCGCAUAUUAGCGAGAAUAACGACGAGGACACACCGACUCUCUACACACCAGGAUUGGGCAGCUCGAACUGGACCAUUGCCAGUCCUGGAGUCCAUGGGUCUGAAUUUCGUGUCUACCAAAGCACACCCUACAUUUAUCCACCAGAUGAUCCUGGAAACAGCUUCGAGUCAGCCCCGUUUCCGAGCAGUUUUGAGUCCGCCCCAUUUCCUCCUCCUGCAAUUUCGAAGAGCACGGCUCCAUUCCCAUAUCCCGAUUCCUCCGUUUGA